AUGAGCAAAUUACCAAGAGAAAAGGGAUCUAUCUUAUAUUGUACAACUGGAAUCUUACUUCAGAGAAUGCAAAAUGAUCCAUAUUUGUCAAAAAUUUCUCACAUUAUUUUGGAUGAAAUACACGAACGGGAUUUAGACUCUGAAUUCUUGAUAAUAAUUUUGAAAGACCUACUAAAACAACGACAAGAUUUGAAAGUCAUACUCAUGAGUGCAACGUUGAAUGCAGAGCAAUUCUCCCAAUAUUUUGGAAACUGUCCCAUGCUGAAUAUUCCAGGUUUUACUUUUCCUGUGAAAGAGUAUCUAUUGGAGGAUGUUUUAGAAAUGAUUAGAUAUGAACCAAAGUUCAAUAGAAAAAAUUCUCAAGAAAACAUGACUCCUUGGAAAAGACAUACAAAACAAGGCAAGAAGCUGAUGGAGAAAGAAAGAGAACGUCAAGAGGCCAUGGGUUGUUAUCUUCGUACGUUGGAAGGCAGUUAUUCUUCACAAACAAUAAAAACCCUGUGGGACAUAGAUGAAGAAACUAUUGACUUAAACUUAAUUUUCAGCCUUUUGAGAUACAUUUGUAUAAAACAAGGGGAAGGAGCAGUAUUGGUAUUUUUACCUGGCUGGGAACAUAUUAGUAAGCUUCACAAGAUUAUCAAUGAUGACUCUAUGUUCAACUCAUCGAGGUACUUGAUUAUUCCUCUCCACUCCCUUAUGCCUACUGUUAAUCAAAAAGCAGUUUUCAACAGACCUCCACCUGGUGUUAGAAAGAUAAUUUUGGCUACAAACAUUGCUGAAACUAGGGUUCAAGAAGGAAUAUGUUACCAUCUAUACUCCAAGCUUACGGAAUCACAGCUGCAAAACUAUCAACUUCCUGAGAUUUUGAGAACAAGACUGGAAACUUUAUGUUUGAGAAUAAAGAUACUAAAAUUAGGAAAAAUUGAAGUAUUCUUGAAUAAAGCAAUGCAGCCUCCUGAUCCAAAAGCUUUGGAACUGUCUAUUAAUUUACUAGAAAAACUGAAUGCCUUAGAUGAAAAAGAGAAUCUCACACCACUGGGAUUCCAUCUAGCUCAGCUUCCUCUGGACCCUCACACGGGAAAGAUGAUUCUGAUGGGAGCUAUCUUCUCUUGUCUUGAUCCCAUUCUUACUGUUGCUGCCAGCCUUAGCUUUAAAGAUGCAUUUGUUAUACCCCUGGGAAAAGAAGAACAAGCUGACCAGAAACGUAAACAAAUAGCACGAAACUCAAAAAGUGACCAUCUCAUGCUUGUGCAGGCCUUUCAAUGGUUGGGAAGCUGCUAUGAAGAGAGGCUACGAUCAGCGCUACUGUUGGGAAAAUUUUUUAUCACAUAUCAUGCAACUGCCAUGGCUGAUGUGUUGGAUAACAAAAGAGUAUGGAUCAUCUUGGGGGCAGCACCAUUCAGAAAGAAGCCUACAACAAGUUGUACCUCAGUUAUGAUGUUGGCAAAUUUGAAGAAACAGUUUACUCAGUAUCUUCAUGAACUUCAAUUUCUUCACUGCGAUGAUCCUAAACAUAAAGAUUUCAACAGAAAUUCAGAGAAUCAGAUGCUAUUAAAAGCUGUCAUCUGUGCUGGACUCUACCCUAAUGUGGCCAAACUGCAAUGGCGUCAUAACAGGAAUCCCCAUAAAAGCCCAAAAAUUCCCAAAGUGUACACAGAGGAUGAUGGGAAGGUUGUUUUACAUCCCAAGUCUGUCAACUACAUGGAAUUCAACUUUCAUAGUCAGUGGCUAGUGUAUUAUCAAAAACUCAGAAGUUCAAAGGUUUUCCUACACGAUACAACCAACGUUCAACCUUUCUCAUUGUUGUUUUUUGGUGGGCGGAUCACGUUUGGCAAGGAUCUGUCAUGCAGCACUGUAUUUGUAGACAAACAUAUUGCUUUUCACUGUCCUCCUAGGGUGGCUCAUCUUGUAAAGGAGCUGCGGGAAGAACUGGACAAGCUUCUUCAGCACAAAGCCAACCAUCCCGGAGUUACUUGUUGGGAUCCAAGUACCAAAGAAGGAGCAUUACUUAAAGCUAUUGUUGAACUCAUCACCUCGGAGGAUCCUCUUCAAUCUGUUGAACACACCAGACAAGAUGAUGAUUAUGAUGAUGAUGAAGACUGAUAUAUAUUAUGUACAUAAGCAUUAUAAGUUAUCUAUUAUAUUUCUAGUUUUUCUUAAGGAUAGGAUUAUAACAGAUUAAAAUUCCCCAAAAUAAGUUGUUAGUUAUACAUCACAAUUGUUUUUUUUUAUAUACACACAAAGAGUACUUUAAUAUAAACUACAUUUUCUGAUGUUCUGUAGGAAUACUGUUUUUGGUCUUAGAAAAACACAUUUAGUCUGUUGGUUAUAACUGUCAAAUAUAUUGUGUUAACUUUUAAAACAGGACAGAGUCUGUUUUAUUUUGUAUUUUCUGAAGUAAUGGUUCAGUUGUUUUUUUUCUUAGUUUACUUGGUGUGACUUUGAUAACCCAUUAACUUAGCAUUUAUAUAUAAUAAAACUGAAAAUAAUUUCUAAAUUUUAGGGUGUACAAUGCUAAGCUGCCAAAGCACGAUCUGUUGAUCAGAAUUUUGUAUGAUAUUACACUACAAUAAGCCUGGUAAUUAUUUUAAUCAGAUCUUUCUUUAUGGUGAAUGUAUAAUAGCAUUUUGUCUGUAUGUCGUUACCACCAAGGCCUCUCUCUCAAUACUACAACUCAUCAGGACAUUUCAUGUAGAGUAAUAUGCUUCAACCGUUUGUAAUACGUGAUAACAAUUGAUUGUCAAGUCUGUUAGUUUAUAAAUUUAUUUUUUGUACAUAAGUGAAGUAUUAUGUUGUUUGCCUGUUAGAUAUAACCAGUAAUUUAGACCAAAAAAAAAACGGACAUAGCAUUCGCUUUUACCAGCAUUAAAAGAAAUAAAACUUUUUGUAAA